AUGGCCGUAAUGGUUUUAAUGUUCCAAGCGUUGCUAGCGUUAUAUUUUUGGUUAUUCGUGCAAGCCCAUUUUUUUGUUAAAGCGCUUAGCAACAAGCUUUAUAAUGCAAUAUAUUAUUUCCAUUUUAUAUAUUUUAUGCUUUAUAAAUUUGCUAACGUUAUUUUUCCGAUUAUAAACAUUUUAAAAAUAACGCACCAUUACUAA